AGAAUGACUGAGGAAUAUCGUAGUUCAAUCAGUUCGCGACCCACGUUCAAUCGAACUACUACGACGAGUUCCGGGAAUCGCGUCCUGAAAAUUGUGACGGAGAUGUCGUCAUCGUCUGUGGCCAGCGGACUUUCUCCAUACGGUCAAAAUGCAGCAUCAACAAUUCGAGAUGCCAGGGAGAGAGAAAAGAAGGAGAUGAGCGACCUUAACGAUAAACUGGCCAGCUAUAUUGAAAAGGUGCGCUUCCUCGAAGCGCAAAAUCGUAAACUGCAAGCUGAUUUGGAUAUGCUCCGUGGACGAUGGGGUAAAGACACGAGCAGUGUCCGCAGUAUGUACGAAGGAGAGUUGACUCAGGCUAAGAAGCUGAUCACCCAAACCGGCAAAGAAAAGGACGACUUGGAAAAGGAGAUUCGUAAACUUCAAGACGAACUGAAUGAAUUCCGUAGAAAAUUCGAGGAGGCGACGAAAGCUCGUCUUGUAGAUCGCGAAAAAAUUGAUGAGUUACUAGUCAAAUUGUCGAAUAUUGAAGCCGAGAUUAAUCUGCUGAAGAGGAGAAUAGCACUUCUUGAAGAAGAAAUUUCCCGUCUUAAAAAGGAAAACAUGCGCCUGAUGGCUGAACUUCAGCGUGCAAGAACUGACCUCGACCAGGAAACGCUGAAUCGUAUCGACUACCAGAAUCAGGUGGCAACAUUGUUGGAAGAAAUCGACUUCAUCAAUAGAGUUCACGAUCAAGAAAUCAAAGAACUGCAAGCAAUGGCAGCACGUGAUACAACGAGCGAGAAUCGCGAAUUUUUCAAGAAUGAGCUCGCAUCAGCUAUUAGAGAUAUCCGAAACGAAUAUGAUCAGAUGAUGAACACGAAUCGCAACGAUAUGGAGUCGUGGUACAAACUUAAAGUGCAGGAGAUUCAAACGCAGAGUGCUCGACAGAAUAUGGAGCAGGGUUAUCAGAAAGACGAGGUUAAACGCCUCCGCACCCAGCUCACUGACCUAAGAGGAAAACUAGCCGAUCUGGAGGGAAGGAAUGCUCUUUUGGAAAAACAGAUCCAGGAGUUGAACUAUCAGUUGGAGGACGAUCAACGUUCAUAUGAAGCUGCACUUAAUGAUCGUGACGCUCAGAUUCGUAAAAUGCGCGAAGAGUGCCAAGCUCUCAUGGUCGAACUGCAAAUGCUGCUCGAUACCAAACAGACCCUGGACGCUGAAAUUGCAAUUUAUCGCAAAAUGUUAGAAGGUGAAGGAGACGGUCCUGGUCUUCGGCAGCUUGUUGAGCAGGUAGUACGUACCACUGGCAUUAAUGAAGUGGCCGACACUGAAACAAUGCGUGUUGUUAAAGGUGAAACAUCGAGUAGAACCUCGUACACUCGAUCGGCCAAAGGAAACGUUUCCAUUCAUGAUCCAUCACCUGAAGGAAAAUAUGUUGUCCUUGAAAACACUCACCGCUCAAAGGAGGAGCCGAUUGGAGACUGGAAGCUCAAGCGAAAGAUAGACGGAAAGCGUGAAAUCGUCUAUUCCAUACCACACGAUUUUGUUUUGAAAGCUGGCAAAAGCGUCAAGAUCUGGGCUCGUGGACAAGGGGGAGUUCACAAUCCUCCUGAAUCACUUGUGUUCGAUGGUGAAGAUUCAUUUGGUGUUGGUUCUAACGUACAAACUAUCCUCUAUAACAGCGACGGCGAAGAGCGUGCCACACACAUCCAACGACAGAGUCAAAGCGCUACAUAA